AUGCCAAUGCGAGUUCUUCUCUCCGUUCCACCUUCUUUACCAGCCUCUCAUUCUUCUGUGGAGCGUAUUCUCACCGCCCAGCAACACCGUGUUUUCUUCACUAGUGAUCCCAAAGGAUCUCGUCUUGGAUCUGGCGGAGGAACAACAUGGCUGCUGGAGGCCUGUUACCGCUCUGAACAGGAAUCUUCCACUGUUGAGAUAGCUGCUGAGAAGGAAUGUGAUGAUAAAAAGUUUAUGAAUUGGUUAUCAAAGGAACCACGUAUUAUUGUUCACAGUGGAGGACAAAGCCGACGAUUACCAUCUUAUGGUCCUUGUGGAAAAGUAUUGGCACCUAUUCCAGUUUUUCGAAGUUCGCGUGGUCAGCGGUGUGAUCAAACAUUAUUGGAUGUACAGAUGCCAUUAUAUGAAGAGGUGAUGCGGCAUGCCCCAUCACAGUUACGUACACUUAUCACCUGCGGGGAUGUUCUCAUUUUGUUGGAUCAACCACUUCCACCAAUUCCAGAGGAUACAGAUGUGGUUUGUUAUGGUAUUCAAAAAGAAGUGGAUGUACUCAGAAAACAUGGAGUCUUCUUUAUGAAUCGCGAUACACCGGAUGAAUUGGAGACAAUGCUGCAGAAACCUACAUUAAAGGAAAUUCAGGAAUAUGCAGAGGGGAGAGAAGCCGUUAUGGAUAUUGGACUUUGGCUCUUAAGUGAUCGGGCCAUUGAGGUAUUGCGACAACGUAGUACAACAGAGAGUAACUUAAAUAAAUCUAAUGAUACCUCCCAUCUUAAGGAGUAUGAUUUAUACAGUGAUUUUGGAAUGGCUCUUGGUAAACAUCCACUACGGGAUGAUGCCCUCAUUCAAACAUUACGGGUUAAAAUUAUUACUCUUCGAGAGGCACGUUUCUUUCACUAUGGAACGACAGAAGAACUCAUCACAUCUACAUUUGCUAUUCAAAAUACUCUACGUCAUUCAGAUGGUUCUAUAGAGUUAGCGGUAUCUCGUCAUCCUGCAACUUUUACACAGAACGCUAUUAUCCAUAUACCUUUAACAGAGGAACAUCGACUUAUGUGGAUUGAAAACAGUGAAAUUUCAUCAGGUUGGACUCUGGAGCAUCACUCCGUGAUUACAGGUAUUCCACGGAAUACAUGGAAACUACAUGUACCCGCAUAUGUUUGUAUUGAUGUUGUUCCGGUUCGUCAUGAUGGGAAACGAGGUUGGGUUGCCCGUCCAUAUGGAUUUAAUGAUAUGUUUCGUGGACCUGUCUGUGGAGAAAGUACAUACUUUCUUGGUCAGCCACUCACAGAAUGGAUGAGGCAGCAUCAUCUUCCACAUCAGGCACUUUUCACAGAAAAGACGAAAGAGAUGGAUUUACAGUUUACUCCACUCUUCCCAUGGUGUGCUACUGUAGAGGAACUCGGUCUGUUAAUACGAUGGAUGAUAUGUACAGAUCCCACUGAAUUGCAAUCCACUGAAAUGCAGCGGGUGAAAUCUUUAUGGGAAACAAGUUUUCGUUUCUCUGCAAAUGAUUUAAAUGAUGUGGCUGAUAUUGAAGCCCUCUUGGAUGCUAGAGAUGCAUUUCAACGGGAAAUACUUCCUAUUAUGGCAUCUAAUUCCCAUAAGAACCCUUUUUAUCAAAUGGAUUUAAAUCAUACAGCAUUGAAAUACGCCGCUGCACAUUUACCACUUCCUGAGAAACUCUCCGAAUCGGAUGCUCCUGUUAUGAAACGUGUACAUCAUCACAUGUUCCGAGCACGAGUACUACAAUAUCUCUUAGCUCUAUGGAAGAAAUCUUCAUCAUCUUGUUCCUCUGUGAAAGAUAUCGUACCUGGUCAAGAAGGAGAAGAUAAAGAUGCUGAAAAUGAAAAGGAGGAAGUAAUGUUAAUACAGACUCUACCUCCUCUUCUGAAAGGUGUUUCCAUAACGGCAGAGAUACUUCAAAGGGUAUAUGGUAUUACAAGUGAGGAGGAACUUGUGGCACGUGCGGAGGAGGAAGAGUCCAUAUCGUUUAAGUUAUUGCAAUAUUCAAUCCUUCAGGAUUUAACAAUCAGUACUUCCAGACCAUCACCAAAAUUAGCCGUUAUGAAUGAUCAAAUUGUAUGGGGAAGAGGUCCAGCCCGUAUUGAUUUAUCCGGUGGAUGGACAGAUACACCACCGUAUAGUAUUAUGUGUGGUGGUAAUGUUGUGAAUGUUGGUAUAAACCUAAAUGGUCAACCUCCUUUGCAAGUUUACAUUAAACCUUCCUCUACCCCUGAUAUUACAAUUCGAUCUAUUGAUCUUGGUGUUUCUGAGACCUUUACAACCUAUGAUGAACUACGUCGCUAUGAUAUCGUGGGAUCUCCGUAUUCUAUUCCCAAAGCAGCUCUUGCCUUGGCAGGUUUUCUUCCCGAGUUUGGUUCGAAAUCCUUUACAACACUGAAGGAACAAUUACAAUCAUCCUUUCGUGGUAAAGGAAUGGAAAUAACACUUCUUGUUGCCAUUCCCGCUGGAUCCGGACUUGGCACCAGUUCACUUGUGGCCUCCACGGUGUUAAGUGCCCUUUCAGACUUCUGCGGUCUUUGUUGGGAUGCGCAGGAGGUCGGCCGCCGCACAUUAUGUGUAGAGCAACUACUCACAACAGGUGGAGGUUGGCAAGAUCAGUACGGCGGUUUAUUUCGCGGUUUGAAGUUAUUACAAUCGCAACCGGGAUUUGCACAGAGUCCGUGUGUGCGGUGGCUGCCUGAACACCUGCUGGAGGAUCCACGCUACGCCCCCUGUCAUUUACUCUACUACACAGGCAUUACACGAACCGCAAAGAAGAUUUUAGUGGAGAUUGUGCGGGGGAUGUUUAUGAAUAGCGCAUCGCAUCUACGUGUCUUGUCAGAGAUGAAACAACAGGCACUUGAUUUGCAUGAUGCGAUCACACGAGGGGACUUUGAACGUUAUGGUAAACUCAUUGCAAAGGCAUGGGAUCAGAAUAAGCGAUUAGAUGCAGGAACAUGUUCACCACCCAUUGCCGAUAUCAUUUCCCGCAUUGAAAAAUAUGUUUGGGGGCUUAAACUAGCUGGAGCUGGUGGUGGUGGUUAUCUAUAUAUGGUGGCGAAGGAUGUGGAGGCCGCACGGCGUAUUCGUGAGGAAUUGACAUUACAUCCACCAAACGAAACGGCUAGAUUUGUGGAAAUGACUGUUUCACACAAAGGUAUACAGGUUAGUCGUUCAUAG